UGUAAUCGAGUACCGUAUCAUUGAUUCCAACAUGGCGGAUCCCAAACAAGCGAACCAGAAAAGUGUUAAAAUAGCUGCUGGUGCAGUGGUGUGUGUGGAGAGUGAAAUAAGAGGAGAUGUUACCAUCGGGCCGAGGACAGUGAUCCACCCGAAAGCCCGGAUUAUUGCAGAUGCCGGUCCCAUCAUCAUAGGAGAAGGAAACCUGAUAGAAGAACAAGCUCUCAUCAUUAACGGUUAUCCUGAAAACAUUAUGCCUGAUUCAGAGGGAUAUGAACCGAAGACCAUGACAAUAGGCACCAACAAUGUUUUCGAAGUCGGCUGUGUCUCCCAGGCGAUGAAAAUCGGAGACAACAAUGUCAUCGAAUCGAAAGCCGACGUAGGCCGGAACGUGAUCCUGACGAGCGGCUGCAUCAUUGGCGCGUGCUGUCGGCUUAACACGUGCGAGGAGAUUCCAGAGAACACCGUCAUCUAUAGCUCCAACUGCAUGAGGAGAGUACAGACCGAGAGGCCACAGCCCCAGACUCUGCAGCUGGACUUCCUAAUGAAGAUUUUACCCAACUAUCACCACCUGAAAAAGACGCAGAAGGCUAACCCGACUCCUGCACGGCCCUGAGAUCAUUCCACACCACAGCUUUGCUCUUAUAUGCGCAAAAAAAAAUAAUAAUACAGAUAAUCUGUGCUAACUGCCAGCACUUUGGCGUUUCCUUUUUUCUAUUUGUCUAACUUCAUUUGUUUUAAUCCUCAGUCAAAAAGACUAUUGAUUAUGUGUUGUCUUGUAUUCAGCCCGGAUUAUUUAUUGUUGUAUGAUAUUAAAGGCUUUAUCAUCUA